AUGGCGACAAGACUCGAUCGUCUAGUGCUCUUGCUGGACACCGGAUCGACAUCGUCCGUUCGACGUACGGCUGCACAGCAGUUGGGUGAAAUCCAAAAGCAACAUCCCGGUGAACUCUACAAUUUGCUGUCAAGGGUGGUUGUUCAUUUACGCAGCAAAGCUUGGGACACGCGUUGGGCAGCUGGACUUGCACUUGAAUCUAUUGCAUCUCAUGUACCACCUUGGCAACCUGAAGACGAUCCACACACCACCAUUCCACCAGACCAAGAUGAUGCAGUCCACAAGCUUGCAUUCGACCAAUUCGAUCUGGCAUCUGUAUUGGCUCACGGCAAGCUCUUGCUUGGGUCAGCAGGCAAAGAAUACGAUAUCGACUUUUCAGAUAUGACACCUCAAGAACGUCUCGAACUACAACGACGCAACCUCAAAGAACGAUUAGGAUUGACCAGUCAGUUCAUGGAUGUCGAUCUUGUAGAAGACGCUGAUCUCGUCACGAGCAAGAAACAAGGCACCAAAAAACCGAGUCCAUCACCUUCAUCAUCCACCACAUCCACUUCAACAUCAGCAGCAACAGCAGCAGCAGCACCUCCUCCUACACCUGCUGUAACAGAGAUCAACAUGGCCGGUUUAUCAGCACGUGAACGCAACAUGCUCAAGAGGAAAAUGAAGCAAGAUGCUAAAAUGAACAAGAACAAGGAAAAAGUACGUGUUGUUGAUCUCAAAGGCAAAACAACAGCAACCCCCGUCAAAGUCGAGAAGGAAAAGGAUGAAUUUGAGUUGACGGCACAACCCCAAUCCAAUAAGUUUGUGGUGGAAUCCAAAAAACCAUUGCCGUCCGAAGAUACUCAACAAGAUCCAAGGACAUCCGUUGAAUGGCCUUUCAAGAUGGUGUGUGAGCAUUUAUGUAUGGACUUGUUUGAUCCAUCUUGGGAAAUUCGACAUGGUGCUGGUAUUGGUUUGCGUAGCAUUCUCAAAGUCCAUGGUCAAGGAGCUGGUAGACGUGUGGGAUUAUCCAAGGAAGAAAAUGACAAGGCACACAAUGCUUGGCUUGAAGAUGCAGCUAUUCGUUUACUUUGCGUGUUUGCACUUGAUCGAUUUGCCGAUUUCGUAUCCGACCAAGUUGUAUGUCCUGUGCGUGAGACAUGUUCACAGACGUUGGGUGUUGUACUACAAUACAUGGAGCCCAAGGCUGUCAAAAAAGUACACACGACACUGCUUGAUCUCAUCAACCAAGACAGCCCUGCCUUUGGAGGACGAUCAAUUUGGGAAGUACGACAUGCUGGAUUACUUGGAUUGAAGUAUGCAGUGGCAGUACGCAAGGAUCUGGUUGAAAUGCUUGUUGAAGGAACGACGGGUGCUGUCAUUCUUGGUUUACGUGAUCCUGAUGAUGAUGUUCGGGCCGUCAGUGCCGCUACGUUACUUCCCAUCACAGCUGAAUUUGUUCGUAUGAGCAGCGAGGAUCGUAUUCGUGAUGUGAUUACAACACUAUGGGAUUGUUUGAUCGAUCUCAAAGACGACUUGACAGCUUCCACGGGUGCAGUGAUGGAUUUAAUCGCAAAAAUGUUUGAGCAAGCUGGUGUGAUGGAUAUCGUGCGUGCUCGUUGUUCACUUGCAGAGCUGGUGCCACGACUAUACCCCUUCUUCCGUCACACUAUCACAGGCGUACGCAUUGCAGUACUCAACACCAUACUCACGUUCCUUGAAUGCGGCACAGCAUCGGAUUGGCUUGAUGAACGCGUCUAUCGUCUCGUAUUCCAGAACCUUGUUGUCGAAGAGAAACCACCCAUAUUGGAAAAGACAUUGGCUGUAUGGCGUGAUUUGACUAUUGGCGGUCGUGUUGACAACCAGCUUGUACUUGCGGGCACACAAAAUUGGCUUGGUAGCUGGUUUGAGGUUGCUAUGACACCUAUUGGACAACCAUUGGAUGUAGCUACGCACUUUUACAAACCACCUGGUGCUUUUGGUCUUGGUGGUCAAGUGACAAUCGACAGCGUUAGCAGCAACAAAAAGAACACUACCACCAAAAAGGGAAAGAAUGGCAACAAGUCUACCAGCGAUGUGCGAAGUUCCGAAGAAAGCGGUGCUGGUGGUGAUACGAGCCACAAUUUGGAUGCUGGAAUGAUUGCACAAGACUUUUCAUUGAUCACCACGGAGCAAGUGAUGCGUUGUCGUGUAGCAUGUGCUGCAGCAUUAGGCAUGGCGAUGAGCAUGUGGCCUGAUGAAUCCAUGGAAAUGUCCUAUCAAGAAGUUCUCCUCACGUUGAUCACUUCUCAAUGGGCUAUCAAACGCCAACUUGGUGCCAUGGCGGUUGAAGAAUGGGCAAAGGCCGUCUUAAAGACCCGAUACAAUGCUUCUUGUGUAAGCGAUGCUCCUGGAGACGCCUUGUUAGCCACACAACACAAGUUCCCUCAUACUUUGUCACAAGCCAUGAUUGCCAGCCUUGAAACAGGCAUGACUCAACCCGCCAGCUUUUACUUUGAAUUGGUGCAUGUGCUUAAACGUAUCCGUGGAGAGUGUCAAGCCAUGUUGAAUGGAUUUGUUGAUGCUGGUAUCCAAUCUUCCUCGCUACCCGCACUUCCUACCAUGGUCAUUGGUGAAGUCAUGCCUGGUCAAGAUAUUCAAGCAUUCACUAUCGAGACAGCAAGCGCACUUGUGAGUGAUACAUACAAUGCACUUGUUGCUCGUAUCCCUCGUGGCAAAGGACGUGCUGCUAUCUUGGAUGGUCUCGAGGAACGACAAAAGCGUGUGGUUGCCUCUAUUGGAUAUUAUGAAGAGCUCAAGCAAAAAGUCGAGAUCCAUGUUUACGCAAGCACAGCAGGUGCCGUGGUCGAACUUGGCGAAUUACCUGCCAAAUUGAAUCCAAUUAUUCGCAGCGUCAUGAAUAGUAUCAAGUUUGAAGAGAAUGCUGAUCUACAAGGUCGAUCAGCAAGUACGCUUGCCGAUUUGAUAGCCCUUUGCGCCCGCAAUACUGGACGUGUCAACCCCACCGAUAAGAUUGUCAAGAAUCUUUGCACGUUUCUUUGUUCCGAUACAACCAAAACACCUGUGCUUGAAGAGAAUCAGACACAAGCCGGCAUUUUAUCUGUACAACGAGACGACAACAAUAGCAAGACCGGCAACAAUGGCGCCAAAGAUGCUGCAGCAAACUUGACACCAGCACAAAAGGAGGCUCAAUUGAUGAAGCGUGGUGCUGAAACUGCAUUGCGUGAAUUGUGCAACAAGUUUGGUGGUCGGGUGUUUGAUAUUGUACCCAAACUUUGGGAGUGCCUAUCCGCCAAGUUACAAGAGGUCUUUAGCCAAGAUCAAGCCAAUCGCGGCGUACCCAAUGCAGAUGCCAUUAUUCAAGCCAAUCUGAAUGUGGGCCAAGAAGUGAUUGAUACAUUGACGGUGAUGACCACAGUGGUGCCAUACCUAUCCAAAGACUUGUGGAAGAAUGUGAUACAAAUGGUGCCUAUGAUUUGCAAGGGGCUUCAAUCGUGCUACGAGCUUGUACGACAUGUCAGUGCAACUUGCCUAGCAACCAUCGCCAACACCAUCACAACCGAAGCCAUGGAGAUCAUUAUUGAAAACGUCCUUCCUUUGCUUGGUGAUUCAGUUAAUGUGGUCCAUCGACAAGGUGCAGCGGAGCUCGUCUACCAUAUUAUUCAGUUGUUGGAUACCAAGAUCCUCCCAUACACCAUCUUCCUUAUUGUACCAGUACUUGGUCGCAUGAGUGAUCCCGAUGAUGCCGUACGCUUGAUAUGCACCAAUUGCUUUGCCUUGUUGAUUCGACUUGUGCCAUUAGAAGCUGGUAUACCGGAUCCCCCUGGCAUGUCAGCCGAGAUGCUCGCCUAUCGUGAUGAAGAACGCAAAUUCCUAUCGCAGCUUUUGGAUAGCUCCAAAGUUGAGAACUUUGAAAUCCCUGUCAAGAUCAAGGCCGAGCUUCGUAAAUAUCAACAAGAAGGUGUCAAUUGGUUGGCAUUCCUCAACAAGUUCCAAUUGCAUGGCAUUUUGUGUGAUGAUAUGGGUCUUGGUAAAACGCUGCAAUCCAUUUGUAUUUUGGCAAGUGACCAUUUCAUGCGUGCACAAAAGUAUGCUGCAACACAAGCACCCGAUGCCGUACCAUGUCCUUCACUUGUUAUAUGUCCACCCACACUCACAGGCCAUUGGUAUCACGAAGUACGCAAUUACUCGGAGAAUCUCAAACCAUUGCUAUACACUGGUGGCCCGGCUGAACGGAAACGGUUACGGGCUAGCAUCAAGAAUCAUGACAUCGUUAUCAUGUCCUACGACAUUAUCCGCAACGACAUUGACGAUUUAUCCCGCAUCCACUGGAACUAUUGUAUUCUCGAUGAAGGCCACAUUAUCAAGAAUGCGAAGACCAAGAUUACAAAAGCCAUCAAGACUUUACAAUCCAAUCAUCGUCUCAUCCUUUCAGGCACACCAAUACAGAACAAUGUGCUGGAAUUAUGGUCAUUAUUCGACUUUUUGAUGCCUGGUUUCCUUGGUUCAGAAAAGGUCUUUAAUGAGCGAUUUGGCAAACCGAUCCUUGCGAGUCGUGAUAGCAAGAGCUCUUCAAAGGAACAGGAAGCUGGUGCCCUGGCAUUGGAGGCUCUCCACAAACAAGUAUUACCAUUCUUACUUCGCCGACUCAAAGAGGAUGUGCUUCACGAUUUACCACCCAAAAUUAUACAAGACUAUUACAGUGAGCUUAGCGAUCUACAGAAAACUUUGUAUGAGGAAUUUGCAAAGUCUCAGACUAAGCAUGCUGUGGAACAAGAUCUUGAGGAAGAACAACCAGCGGCGGAGGGUGGUGGUGGCAAGUCAGCAACACACAUUUUCCAAGCUUUACAAUAUCUCCGGAAGCUGUGUAAUCAUCCACUGCUUGUGCUGAAUGAGAAACAUCCGAGCUACGCCAAGGUGCAAGGCAACCUUGCGCGCACAGGCACAUCUUUGCACGACAUCCAGAAUGCACCAAAGCUGCAAGCUCUCAAGCAGUUGCUUGGCGAAUGUGGUAUCGGGGCUACGACAACAGAAUCAGAAAGCGAUCCAGCAGCCAUGGCAGCGGGUGCUGUUAGUCAACAUCGAGCACUUGUAUUUUGUCAACUUAAGACGAUGUUGGAUAUCAUUGAAAAUGAUUUGUUCAAAAAGUUGAUGCCAACAGUGAGCUACAUGCGAUUGGAUGGUUCUGUGGACGCGAGUAAACGACACGACAUUGUACAAAAGUUCAACGCGGAUCCUUCGAUCGACGUGUUGCUAUUGACGACACACGUGGGUGGGUUGGGAUUGAAUCUGACAGGUGCCGAUACCGUCAUCUUUGUGGAACAUGACUGGAAUCCAAUGAAGGACUUGCAAGCUAUGGAUCGAGCACAUCGUCUUGGCCAGAAAAAGGUUGUCAACGUUUAUCGUCUCAUCACGCGUGGCACGCUCGAAGAAAAGAUCAUGGGUCUACAAAAAUUCAAGCUCAACAUUGCCAAUACCAUUGUCAAUCAGCAAAACUCGGGUCUCCAGAGCAUGGAUACGGAUCAAAUUCUCGAUUUAUUCAGUGUUGCAGGUGAUGAGAGCUCUUCCACCAACAAGAAGAAACGAAAGGAGGGUGCAGCAGCAGCAGCAAGUACAGCUGAUGUUGGUGAUGGCAAGGCCAAGGCAGUGAUUGAAAAUCUCGAGAAUCUUUGGGAAGAAAAGGACUACGAGGAAGAAUACAACAUUGACAACUUCAUUAGUGGUCUCAAGUAG